UUGCAAAUAUCAGAAGAAGCAUUCGUGAUAACAUCGAACUGCGGAAACAUUAUAAUUGUGUUAUUAUUUCAGCGAUUUUUGAACAGCAUCACAUUGUUUUGGUUGAUACAAUUCUUGUUGAAAUAGUGGUAACUUGCCAGUGACACUAUGUCGAAGCGCUCAUCGGGUGAACAGAAAACAACUGUUCCCAAGUUGUUCUGCAUAGACUGCUGUAUAGAGUUUCCGAAUAAAUCAGUUUUAGCAGACCACAUGAGGAGUCAUAUAGCAACGGUACCAUUUUUUUGUCAUUUGUGCCCCAACGUAGUCUUCUCAACUUCUGCUAAUUAUUUGGAACAUAGGAAAGUGCAUACUGCAAAAAUCCAAUGCCGAUUUUGUCGAAAAACUUUUCCUACCUGGGAACUAGUAGAAAAACAUGAACGUGAACAUGAAACAUUUAGAUGUCAAACUUGUUUGGGGGUAUUUGAUAUUUUGCUUUGGGAGCCACACAAUAAAAUCCAUUUUGGAGAAACUUGGACGGAUGCAGCAAGUACCUCUGCAGUAUCACAAAAUCGUAACAAUGAAUUUGAAACAUCAUCACUUCCUGGUCCUUCUUCAGUACGAGAUAUAAAUGAAACCGCUUCGAAUGAAAAUAAAACUAGUCCUCUAGCGGCUAACGAUAGAGGUUAUACAUGCCAAACUAUUUCAGCUGGUACUUCAAGAAUAUCACCCAAUGACAUUGCCAAGAAUUAUGCCUCUAAUAUAGGCCAGAGAGAAUCUCCUUCUAGAAGAAAUAGAAUUAUCGACAGAAAAAUGUCCUUUGAAUCACUACAAGCUGUUUCAGCUGGUACUUCAAAAAUAUCACCCAGUGAAAUUGCAAAGAGUUGUGCCUCUAAUAUAGGUCGAAGGGAAUCUCCUUAUAGAGAGAAUAGAAUUAUCGACAGAAAAAUGUCCUUAGAAUCACUACAAGGUUUUUCAGCUAGUACAUCAAGAAUAUCACCCAGUGACAUUGCAAAGAGUUGUGCCUUUAAUAUAGGUCAGAGAGAAUCUCCUUCUAGAGGAAAUAGAAUUACCGACAGAAUGUCCUUAGAAGCACUACAAGCUGUUUCAGCUAGUACUUCAAGAAUAUCACCCAGUGAUAUUGCAAAGAGUUCUGCCUCUUAUAUAGGUCAGAGAGAAUCUCCUUCUAGAGGAAAUAGAAUUAUCGACAGAAUGGCCUUAGAAUCACUACAAGCUGUUUCAGCUAGUACUUCAAGAAUAUCACCCAGUGACAUUGCUGCAAAGAGGUGUGCCUUUAAUAUAGAUCAGAGGGAAUCUUCUUCUGAAGGAAAUAAAAUUAUCCACAGAAAAAUGUCCUUGGAAUCACUAAAAGCUGUUUCACCUAGUACUUCUAGAAUAUCACCCGGCAGAAAAAUGUCUUUAGAGUCACUACUAGAUGGUCCUUGUGAAGAGAAUAGAAAUGAAACUGCUUCAGCACGAAGCUCCAGUAUAAGUGAUAUCGCAAAUAUUUCUCUGGAGAAUUUGCUCGGAUCUCCUACGAAGCGAAACAGAUAUGAAACUGAUAAUAUUUCUGGACGAUCAGCACAUGCAACUGGAUCAGGGACAAAUAUAAAUGUAACCGAAAAUACGGUAUUGCCAGGAACUUCCAAAAAUCAAAAUAGAAAUGAGGUCAUUAAUUUAGAUCAGGAAGCCACCAUAACAUAUCCUACCCCUGUUUAUGUGUCACCAAUGAUGGAGGCUGAGAUACUACAUCAUUUAAAUCGAACUGAGAGCACUGAUAAUACCCCGAUGCAAUCUCAGGCACAACAAAACACAAAUGAAAGGGACAAUUUGCCUGGAACCCAAAAGAAACGAAAUGAAAAAAAACGAUAAAUAGUCAUAAAGGCAUUGCUCGAAAUUCCUAUCGAACGAAAUAAAAAUGGUUAUGAUGAUGAAAUUCGGAAAACAAAUGAGUGUUAGUUGAAACCUGAAACUGUGUUGGUAAAUGAAGAGGACAACACCAAAACCAGGUCGAUAGUGUUUCUAUUAUAGUGGAAAACUCUACUGGACAAAAUCAAACCAAAGAUACUUCUGAAACUUCUACAGAUAAUUUUUCAUCUGACUCAAUUCCUUCAUCAUCAUAUGUGACUUUAUCACAAAAAUACUGCUCUGCAGAAAAUUAACUUUCAUUUCAUUACUUCUUGUUGUCACCUGCUGAGCUACAACUUUUCCGACCCAGUAUUAAUUUCUUAUUUCUCAUUUCCGAUUGGGUUCUCGUAUGACUUUUAAAUUAUGAUUCCCUUUCAGUUCUUCAUCGAUGUUUUUUCAUUCGAAUGAACUACAAAGGAAUUUAGUUCACUUUAUUUAAACUUGUUUGACCAUUGUCAUCUGACAUUUCCGAAAAAUGCAUCUGACAAUUAUUUGUAGUUUUUUAGUCUGUAUACUCAGAAAACUGAUUUUUGAUUUCCUGAUGAUUCAGAGAUAUUCUUCAUUGGAAUUUUGUUUUUUAAAUCCCUUGCUAGAAGAAGACUGUUCAGCAGAAACAGUUGAUCGAUUGCUGAGUGCCUUCAACUUACUCAAACCUCAGACCUUGAUGAGGUUACAUAUGGUAUAUAAUACAUUUUCAUCAAUGAUAUUGAAAACGAGGCUAGUUGGAUUUGUGUCUAGGCACGGGAAUCUGACAAAUAAUGACAAAUAUAGAGUCGCUGACAAAUUUGACUAUUUUUCGAUGUAUUUUCUGUGUAUGCAGAUAUAUUGAUAAUGAAAAUAUGUUGAGAAUCUUUUGUUACAGAAUAUUUCUAUUAGCUUUCACAGUUCGUUCAUGAAAUUUCUGUACAGGAUGCCUUCGAUUUGGGCUACCCUGAACGCAUUUGUAUUUUUAAUAGCCAUUUUUGAUAGACACUAUUCGAUACUGAUACUGACAAAUUGAAUUGCCUUCGAUAUUCUUGAGAUAUAGAGUAAUUUGAUGAUCGUCAGGAACAUUAUAAUUUAAUUUUAUUACGGUCCUGAUAUUCACUCUAGUGAUAACAAUACGCACUCUUUAUAUCACAGCUGAUUUUCGAAAUUUUCUCUGGCGAUCCUUUUCCGUUCCUUGUAUAAAUCUUUGAGGUUAACAAAACAGUUCUGGUAUAUACUCUUGCAGGAGUCAAUCAAAAUUCUAAGUAGGAGUUUGGAGAGAAAUGAAUUGGUAUUGAUCUUGACCAGCAAAUGAAUGAAUUAAUUUGAAACUCCUAUGAAGUUUUAUAUUUCAGAAACUAAUAACAUAAAUCCAGACAUGUUUCUCAUUUUGAGAAUACUGAAGGAAUGAUGUAUUAUUUCAGGCACUUUUAUCUUGGUGAUCUUGGUGAUCUUGGUGAUUUUUUACACAGAAUUCGAAAGAAACUUCAAAUUAGAAAUACCACCACUUACAGACCAGAGUCAACGUCAGUUGACUGAUCUUUAUAUUGCAAAGUGUUUUAUUUUAAUAGGAAAAAUGUACAUUGUCUAUCAAAAAAUUGCUCUAAAAUUCCAAACUUGAAGGUGAUCCAAGUCGGAUGACACUUUAUAACAAUUCAUUGUACAUAUUUAUUCUGAUAGCUGAUUUGAGAUUCACGUGACAAAUUUUCCAUAUUUCUCUAAAUGAAGGAGGUAUUAUAAUAAAACGUAAAACUUGUCAUUUUUUCCGUAUAUCUUUAGAAUCAAAAGAGCAAGAAGGAGUUUAUUCCCUAUAGUUCAUUUGAUAUACAUAUGGAAACUCUGUAUUCUAAAUGUUACUUGAAUUUGGUAUGCCUAUGUCGGAGAAAGAUUGAAGAAAUCAACCUUUUUUUAAUUUACUUUUGAUUUUCUUUUGAAAUAAUUUUUAAAUCUUUUUCAAUUUGAAAAGAUACAUACAGUUGUUUCAGAUUCAGUUGAUUUCAAUGUUUUGCCUUUUGGCAUAAUUUACCCACCCAUUCGGAGAUUUCCCAAAUUCACUUUAUAAAAUUCAAUUAAUGAAGUUGUAAAUGCUAGCUUUUGACGAACUAUUUGAGUUUUAUUUCUAUACAGUUUAUAUAUGUUUUGUCUUGAAGUUCAAUCGAUAUUUUUUUUGAAAGAAUAUAUUUUGAAUAUUUUCUAUUAUAUUUGAAGGUCUACAUUUCUUGAUUGUAUUUUUUAUUGUGCAAUAUUUGUAUAAUUGAGAUUCUUUGUCGAUUACUGUGGAAGAAAUUGAAUUUCUGUCUGUGGAGUUCAUUUUUGUUCAACUCAGUAUUUGUAACUACAGUGAAAUUGUUGCAGAUGAAUUACUAAAUAUUGUAAUUGAA